CCCUGUCCCCGCACACACCUGUUUCCGGCUUUUGACAGAUGCUCUCAGAAGCCAAACUCGCAUCUUGUUGAGAACCACGGGAGUUUAAUUUUAUAGAAAACCCCCAUUGUGUGUGUGCUAUGAGAAAGAUGAAGAUGACCCAAGUGCCGGGGAUGCCUAGCUCAGAUAAUAGAGAUCCGGGCGUGGUGGCUCAUCUGUAAUCCCAACGCUGGGAAGACAGGCGAAACACGUUUAAGAUUUCUUUGGAUGUCAUUGAGUUUUCUGUGUGACUCAGCAGAAGACACAGAGAGUCUUGGAGCUAUACAUUGAAGAUAAUGUCUGGAAGCUUCUACUUUGUAAUUGUUGGCCACCAUGAUAAUCCUGUUUUUGAAAUGGAAUUUUUGCCACCUGGGAAAGCAGAAUCUAAAGAUGAUCAUCGUCAUCUGAACCAGUUCAUAGCCCAUGCUGCUCUUGACCUUGUGGAUGAAAACAUGUGGCUUUCUAAUAACAUGUAUUUAAAAACUGUGGACAAAUUCAACGAGUGGUUUGUAUCAGCAUUUGUCACUGCGGGACAUAUGAGAUUUAUUAUGCUUCAUGAUGUGAGGCAAGAAGAUGGAAUAAAGAACUUCUUUACUGAUGUCUAUGAUUUGUAUAUAAAGUUUGCAAUGAAUCCAUUUUAUGAACCCAAUUCUCCUAUUCGAUCAAGUGCAUUUGACAGAAAAGUUCAGUUUCUUGGGAAGAAACACCUUUUAAGCUAAGUGGAGAAAAACUCUGAAAUAAACAGUAUCACACUCAGGAAUGUGUGCCUGUAAGUCAUCUGAAAUAGUCUGGGAAACUUUCACUUAAAAUUGUACAUUGUUUUCAUGUUGACUAUCAGCAUUAAUAUUUGCUUGUGAACAGUGUUAUUUAUAAGGAGCUCUUUACCUGUAAUUUUAAAGGUUCUUAUUUAAAAGCUUGAGAAUGAACUUUUGACUUUUCUGGUUGAAGUAAUUUGCUCUUAAUUUAUUAAUUCAAAAGCAAAUGUCAUAGUAUUUGUUAGAUGUAUUUAAAAUGAAAUGCUUCUGCAGACGUGAACGAAACUGAAUUACUUGCACAUUUAGAGAGAUUCUUUUAAAAUGCAUAGACACUACAGUACCAAGAAGCUGAAGCAGAAAGCCUCUGCAAUGCCAAGUGUUACAUACCUGCCUGCUUCUAAACCCUAGACCCAUAUACACUGGACCAGUUACAGGCCACAGCAAAAUGUAUUGCCUCUGUCACCUUAUAAUCUUGUGUUUCCUUUCUCCUAAUAAACUAAUGAAAGUUGAAUGAACUUGUUCUAUCUGUACUUAAAAAUGUUGUGAUACAGCUUUGGUAUUGCUAAUAAAAGUUUGGGUUACACUGACAUUUGCACUUAGCCUUUUAGGCUAUAUAUGGAGUGGGAGGUGGCAGAUGUAGCUUCUUCUAUAAGAAAUGUUGGUUUGAUUUUACAAUAGCACAUAUGCAUGGGAAAACAAGUAAAGCAGCUUUCCAUGUACACACUGGAAGACUUUCCAUUCUAAUUUUUGAGUAAGUAGUUAUAAGCCUUCUUGUAUCCUUUUGUGAAGUUGUUGCCAUCACUCUUUGAUUUCUUAAAUAAAGACUUACAUUCAA